AUGUGUGUGGACUGCCGAGCCCUGAAUAAGAUCAUUAUUAAAUACUGGAAUCCCAUACCUCGUUUAGAUGAUAUGCUUGAUGAACUAAGUGGUGCCAAACUUUUCUUGCAGAUUGACUUGAAGAGUGGCUACCAUCAAAUCCGAAUGCGAGAAGGCGAUGAGUGGAAGACGGCCUUCGAAACUAAACAUGGUUUGUAUGAGUGGUUGGUCAUGCCGUUUGGCCUAAACAACGCACUUAGCACAUUCAUGAGGUACAAUGUUUGGGACAGUAUUAAUGCAAGUUUAGCUGAUUUAUUUUCUCCAAAAGACAUGAUGGUUAGUUCAUUGCAACAGCCACAACCAGCUGCUGAUUAUUCUUCCCAAAGUGACCGAAGUCCUAAUCAUAAUAUGGAAGAAAGAGCCAAAAGGCAACCAGCCCAAAAUAUCCCAGAUCUAAAUCUCCAAGCCUUGUUACAAGAAGUGGAGCGAUUGUUCGAUCAAAAGCUCAAGCCUAUCGAAGAAAGGCUUAAGUUGAGGAAAGAGCCCAAUGGGAGAGAUUACCCUAAAGUCCACCAUGAAAUCGAGGCUGACAAUGACUUAACGAAGAUGAUCCGUUUGACCCUAGUGAAGCCAGGAGUGACCAAGGGUCCAACUUGA